AGGAAGUUAUCGCAUCUCGUCAAGCAACUUUGAGACUUUACACAGCAACACCAACGACUACCUUCACAAUGGGAGUCAAACGAUCUCGAUCCGAGGCUCAGGUCGUGGGUGACGACAGCAUGCACCCUUCCAGAAAACGAGCGAGAGACGAGCGAUCGCAUAAGACCAAGCCGCACAAAGCCGUCGACCUUGAGAACAACACUGCCAUCAAGAAGCGCGCUCGCGCCAUCGAGAGACUGCUGGCGCAUGACCCCGAGAAGCUGCCUGCUCACAAGAAGAGGGAACUGGAGAGAGAAUUGGCCGCUCACAAGCGCCGCAUUGCCGAUGCCCAAUACAAAAAGAUCAGAUCCAAAAUGAUUUCAAAGUACCACAUGGUUCGCUUCUUUGAACGGAAAAAGGCCAUCAGGAUUGCAAAGCAACUCGAGAAGAAGCUGGCGCAAGCGACGAAUGACGACGAGAUUGCCAAGCUCAGAGAAGAUCUUCACAAGGCGCAGGUCGACAUUGACUACGCCAUUUACUACCCUUUUAUGGAGCCCUACAUCAGUUUAUAUGCGAAGCCGGCGGAGGGAGAAGAGGAAAAGGCGGCUCAAUAUUUGCACACAGAGAGACCACCCAUGUGGGCUCUGAUUGAGAAGACGAGAGAGGAGGGCAAGAAGGCGCUGGAGAGGCUGCAAAAUCGGAGACCAGUCGAGGAUGCGGAGGUUGAAGGGGCACAAGAUGACGGCAAGAAGAACUCCAAGAAGUCCAAGGCCAAGAAGAAGGAGGAGGAAGAGGAAGAUGGUGGCGGCUUCUUUGAGUAG